UGCGUGCUGGGGCUGCCCGUGGGCAACACGAUGCUCCAGACCUACGCGACGCUCGCGACGAUGCACAAGCGCGGCGAGGUCGACUUCGCCCACGUCGUCGGCUUCGUGCUCGACGAGUACUGCGGCGUCGACGUCGCCGACGCGCGGAGCCACCACCACUACAUCUACGCCAACUUCGCCUCGCAAGUGAACAUCAAGCGCGAGAACCUCCACGUCCUCGACGGCGGCGUGGAC